AGCAGGACUCGAAAAGGUGUCCAGUAGAACAAGCAGACGGAUCGGUCGCCCGUUCACAUCUGUUGGGCGUGGGAAGGUCCGACACAUAAACUGACAUUCGAAGAGCCCGAACUGAUUUCAACAGAUCGGCCUCAACCAGAAAACAAGUUCAACGAAACGGCAAAUUUGUGUAGAGCAAUCGGGCUAUAGCAAAUGCAGCAAAGUAAGGUGGAUUGCGCGCCUACAUCACACUUAGCAACAUUGACAUCAAAAUAUAGGUGUAUAGUCAACGGUGUACGAUGCGCGAAGAUUACGUAGAAAAUUAGUCGUAUUCGCAGAACUGGAUAAAAUACAGCGGUGAAUGAAAGCCUCUACACAGCAGCAGAAUAGGUCUAAGAAAUGAAAAUGCAGGAAAAAGUCUCCGAGCAUUGACUAGGAACAGUGAAAUGCAGUGCUCGUCGUAGGUCUAAGUUGUGUCCAGCAGGUUAAGCUUGAGGUGCGCAGCCAUGAUUAGGAAAAAGGAAAACGCGGACGACAGGAAGAUGUUUGCGAUGGAGGAUAGUUCAGCUUCGGAGCAAUGGAAGUUCCAUAAAGUUCGAAGAGCUGUUUGUGACAAUCGAGAUGUACGCCGGAUUGAUUUGCGCGGCCUUCGAUGUCUGAUUGUGUCUGAUACAAAUCAGCGUUUGGCAAGCUUCUCUGUAUGUGUUUCAUGUGGAUUAGCUGAUGGACUUGAAAUAGCUGCGCUACAACAGGCUAUUCGAAGUUCAGAAAGAUUCGCACGAUUCGAGGACUUCAUUAAACUAAACAAUGGUGCCGUAUAUCCUCCUGAUGUACGGGUAGACUAUACGGUGUAUGGGUUCGAAGUGCAUCAGUCUGCAUUGACCUUGGCUGCAAUUAAAUUCGCCGAGGUCAUCGCAGUCGGGGAGCUCGGAUCAGUGGCUGGCAAGAAAGCAUUGUUGACUAAUAUUUAUGCUAGAAGCUCCGAAAAUGAAGUUCUAGCUGGCCUCCUAGGAAAAACUCAUCCGUUUAGUAAGUUGCUCGCCUUGUUCCAACAGGACUCAACGUGUCUUACCGAUACUGGACUCGAAGAACAGUUUAAAACAUUCUAUAAUGCAACUCAUAGUUCUCUAGCACUAAGUGGCAAGCAAAGCAUUGAUGAGCUGGCUACCAUUGCCGAAAAGUUUUCUCGUAUCUUUCCUUCGGUAGAAUCUUCACCAGCCCGUGAAUUCACAGCCGGUAGUUUUCUGAAAGAAUAUAGUGUGAAGCAAGAAUUGUCCCAUAUUACAGAGUUUCCACGAGAUCUACUUGAUAAGCUUGUUAUAGUAAACUCAAAUGUCUUAGGUAAAUUUAUUGUUACAUGGCCGCUGAGUCCUAAAUCGUUGGGUGAUUACAGCUGCAAGCCACUUUACUUUGUGUCAUACUUACUUCAACAGAAUCGUCCAGGUGGCCUCCUGAGCCAUCUGAAGAGGGAAGGUUUGGUAUAUGAUAUUCAGAUCAUCAUUCCAGAAAAUGAAUUGGAAAGUAACCGUCGCUGGAAGCUAUAUCGAGUUGUCUUUAUGGUGACGGCUCUCGGCAGUGAACGACGAAACGUAAUCUUAAGUGCGCUACUUCAAUAUCUGAUGCAUAUUCACAAAAAUGAAAUUCAAAGCUGGAUUUACGACGAAGCCGCAACUGCUUUGCGUUUGAAAUAUGAGUUUGCCGAAGUUACGGCCCAGGCUCGGGUAACUCCGAUGAGUAUUGCCGUCCAACGUUUUGCUCCAAAAGAUUGUCUGUUAGGUGACCGGUUAAUGUUGUCAUUCGACGAACAAUGCAUUCGUCGAACGGUAUCGGAACUUCUGUAUGGAAGUUACAGUGCAAUACUCGAAGGCAAUUUUGAUCUGGCAAUCUUUCCGUACGUCAAAUCGAAAGAAGAUUUUGGAUUGGUAACAACCAUGCCGGAAGUUAAUUUAUACGACAUGAUCAAAUUUUCAGCAUAUACACCCAAUGAACUUAUGCCGCAAAGUUUAGAUGUGCAGCAAGAGCUCAUGUAUCUUGAGCAUUAUCCGAACGUUAUCGAGAAAGGAAACUCGUAUCGGCUCUGGUAUCAGUUCAAAUCAGUUGGCCUGCCGAAGAUGUAUUGUUAUGUACACAUGUUCUCUGAUCUGACGGAAUCACCGAAAGGCUUUACUCGAGCAGAGGUCGCUUGCGUAGCUAUUGAAAGGCUCCUAUGCAGUCGAGAAUCAGCCGAUGCUGGCUUUGAGUUUUCUGCAUCAACGAAGGUGUAUGGUAUAUCCCUUGCAAUAGCGGGGUUUAACGAUAAAUUUCCUAGAUUUUUUAACGAAAUUGUCACCCUAAUUUCUGACUUUAAAAUUACCGCCGAACUGUUUCAGGAAUGUCAUGAGGCUGUCUUGGACAGUUACAAACUUCGAAGUAGCAACGCAGCAUAUGCUGAGAAUGUGUUCGCGCAGAUUUACGAUGGCCAAUUAGAUCUCCGAGAGUGUCGCUCGGCCGCUGAAGUCAUCGAGCUUAACUCGGUACAAUGCCUUUUCGCUGACAUGCGAAAAUCUAACUACAUCGAAUGUUUUGUUUACGGCAACGCCACUGCUCAGGACGCCAUAUCACUCGCGCGUAUACUAAAAACAAUGACAAGUACGGAUCCUGUGAAACGACCAGAACCUUACCGCUUAAAACAGGAAAGAUUAGUCAACGAAUAUCGUUCUGCGGCAGAUAACAAUGAAGACGGUUACGCCACGACGAUAUUGUACUAUCAUCAAAGUUCUGAAGAUCAUAACGGCGCCGAGGUGUUCAUCGAUAUUCUGGUCCAUCUUCUCGAACGACAAUUGCAUCUUCAUGAAGGCUCAUCGUGCUUCUUGCCGAGGUCUUGCGGUGGUGAAGCUACAGGAUUUACGCUGGAGAUCACGGGCCGGGCUGACACCAUCACGAAGACAGUCGCAGCCAUCGAGAAAACUAUUCAGAAGACAGCUACCUUAUUGGGGGAAUGCAGCCAACUCGACUUGCUUAUUAAGUUCGCUAAGGCUGACCUUCGGAGGCGAAGAGGCGUCGCCCGACAGCACGUUAGUGGUUUAACGUCCCACUGUCAAAUAUAUCAUAUCGAAGGUUAUCAAGAAACGAUGACUAACGAAGCUAAUGCACUUUUUGAAGAAAUUCGUGAGCAACGCUUCCGCUUCGGAGCGUCGACAUUUUAUGGGGAGUUUCUUCAGGCUCUGGAAACAGAGGAUUUUCGAGCAUGGCUUCGCGAAACCCUGGACACUGGAUGGCUUAGAAAACCUUUAUGUCGAAUACAGGUUCAGUAAUAGUAUUAAACCGAUAAC